CGUAAAUACAUGUGAUAAGUAAAAGUGACCCAAAUCUCAUACAAAACAGUGUAAACCAUAACUAUGGAGAUACAUAUGCUUUUCAGUGCAAAACAACUGUUAUGUAAACUUCAAGCGCAAGAGAAGGUAUACCGAGAAGAGCUGGUAUUGGUCGAACUCCAUCCAUAUUCACAGUCAACCGUAGUCAAGGUGGUGAUAGAUGAAGAAUUGAUUGUUGACUAUUCCGAGAGAGAGGAUGGGUACUGCUCUACCCGAACGGGACAACAGCAAAAACGACGUAUGGUUGAGAUGAAGGUUGGGUUGGUUGAAGGCGGAGGUGGUGAGCACGUUACAGUGUAUGUAAAUGCACGUAUAGAUAGGUCUAUGGACAUAUCUAAUGCAGAAGAGAACGAGGUCUUAGGAAAAGAAGUUUAA